AUGGAUGCCUUUGCCUCAUGGGCCCAUUCCAGAGACCCUUAUCUGGGGUACCCAGAGCACAGCUGGGGAGUAGAGCCCCACAUGCUGCACCAGGAUGCCAUCAGGGACAGGGAGCUCCCAUCCCUGCAGCUGAGCCAUGAUGUGCUUCGGGAGGAGAACACCAUGCUCAGGAAGCUGAUCAGGGACAUGCAAAGCUCCUUGGAGAACCAGGUGUGCAUGGCGUGGAAGCUGGAGAGGCAGGUGAAGGCCAUCCUGGCCAAAGGGGAGAGGGAAACCCAACAGCUACAGUCCUUUGUCUGGUGGACUGAGUGUAGUCUUCAGAUAAUGUCCCAGUGGGCUCCGGAGGCAGAAAAAAAUGUGGAGAAGCUGAAGCAGGAGAUAUUUCUUCUCCUGGAAGAGCUGGAGAGCUCCAAGGUGGAGAACGAAAGCCUGAAAGUGGGCCAAACGACCAGCCUGGGGGCAGUGAAAAACAACAUAGAUUUUGCCUUGCAGAACCUCAACAAGAUAGUAACAGGCGCAAACUGGUCUAUCAGACAGCUCACUCAUGGAGCAGAGUCACUGCAUUUUGUCGCUGAGGUCCUUCAGUCUACCAGCAAAAUUUUUGGAGUUGAAGCAGCAAAGGAGGUAUGA